GCCAGAUAUUUUGUUUCUUCAAACAUCUUUUAACUAUUUGUGUUCGUCUCAAUUUAUCUGUCUUCUUACAUAUAAAACAAUACGAAUAAUCAAUAUCUUCACGAAUUUUUAUAUGAAUCAGUGUAUGAGUUGAGAUUGUAAAUGUUACCUUGUGGUUAAAUUAACAAAAAAUGGCUCAGCGUUUCCCAGUAAGUGGUCCAGGUGGAUCUCCCGGUGGUACUCCAGGAAAUUUACCGCCCCAACAAAGAUACGCAGGGCCGCAGCCGCCGUCUGCCUCGCCGCUACCACCCCGACCCUACCCAGGACCUAACUUUCCAGCACGCAGCGGAUUCGGCGGCGGCGGCGUAGUGGCAGGAGGGGGCGCGCGAGCGGCGGGGGGUGCGGCCUAUGGCGGCGGCCCCCGCCCCGCGCCGCCCUCGCCCUCCCCCGUGGCGCCCCCCUCCGCCGUCGCACAGAAGCGCGGGGGUGAGGUCCGCGCCCCGCACCCGCCGCCGCACAAGCCGCUGUACGACGCGUACUCGCAGCCGUCCGCCAAGCGCAAGAAGCGCCUCGCCGACAAGAUCCUGCCGCAGAAGGUGCGGGACCUCGUGCCCGAGUCGCAGGCCUACAUGGACCUGCUCGCGUUCGAACGCAAACUCGACGCCACCAUAAUGCGCAAACGUCUCGACAUUCAAGAAGCCCUCAAACGCCCCAUGAAACAGAAACGAAAACUUCGAAUAUUCAUCUCCAACACGUUCUACCCCGGUCAGGGCGACAACGCGGUGCCGUCGUGGGAGCUGCGCGUGGAGGGCCGUCUGCUCGACGACUCCAAGAACGAUCCGAACAAGAAUGUCCCGUUGCAGGUGAAGCGGAAGUUUUCGUCGUUCUUCAAGUCUCUGGUGAUAGAACUCGAUAAAGAUCUGUACGGGCCCGACAACCACCUCGUGGAGUGGCACCGCACGGUGACCACGCAGGAGACGGACGGCUUCCAGGUGAAGCGGCCCGGCUACAAGAACGUGCGGUGCACCAUCCUGCUGCUGCUGGACUACCAGCCGUUGCAGUUCAAGCUGGACCAGCGGCUGGCGCGGCUGCUGGGCGUGCACACGCAGACGCGGCCCGUCAUAGUGAACGCGCUGUGGCAGUACGUGAAGACGCACCGCCUGCAGGACCCGCACGAGCGCGAGUACAUCGCCUGCGACCGCUACCUCGAGCAGAUCUUCGGGGCGCCGCGCGUCAAGCUGGCCGAGGUGCCGGCGCGCCUGGGCGCCCUGCUGCACGCGCCCGACCCCAUCGUCAUCAACCACGUCAUCGCCGUGGAGCCGCCGCACGACGCCAAGCAGACCGCCUGCUACGACAUCGACGUCGAGGUGGACGACACGCUCAAGGCGCAGAUGAACAACUUCCUGCUCAGCACCGCCAACCAGCAGGAGAUCCAAGGCCUCGACUCCAAGAUCCACGAGACUGUGGACACCAUCAACCAGUUGAAAACAAACCGCGAGUUCUUCUUGAGCUUCAGCAAGGAUCCGCAGCAGUUCAUCCAGAAGUGGCUCGUCAGUCAGUCCAGAGACCUCAAGAGCAUGAGCGGCGGCGCCAGCGGCAACCCGGAGGAGGAGCGGCGCGCACAGUUCUACUGCGCGGGCUGGGCGGGCGAGGCGGCCGCGCGACACCUGCACGCGCGCCUGCUGGCCCGCCGCCGCGACCUCGACCUGGCGCUGCGCCCCGCGCUCCUUUAAUUAUACUCUUACCCGCCAA